AUGUCCACGCCAACUAACCCCUCAAAUGGGCGCGCCCCCACAGGGCCUCAUGGAGCUCCUCCCAUGAGAAUCCGUCGCCCCAAAGCCGCCGACCCCUGUUCCCACGGGCAAAACAGCCACCAAGACUCUUCCUUCGCGACCCUUGACAUCCAAUCCCCAGCCGUUAUCGCAGCCAUUGGAGCGGCCCCGACCCCCCCCGUGCGGGAUGACCACGCCGUGAACGGUUUUAGCGGCCCUCUUCUAUCCGAGAAAUAUGUCGACUACCCGGUGGUGACGACCAAGCGAGCUCUGCGCGAGGGGCUGAAGAAUCACAUCGCUCGCUUCGCUGCCAAGCGAGUUGUCGACCCACGCGAUGAGUCGCAGUUUACGCGCCCAGUGAGGCUGCAACGUCGAGACCCGCGUUCCCGAAAUCAAGACCAUAAUGCGGAAAGAAUGGUAGGCCCCGAUGGUCAACAACUUGACGAGGCAGAGCGAGAGGCACUCGACGCGAGGAGAGCUGCCCGAGAGAAGGAGCGCGCCGAGAAUCUUGCCCAGAUCGCCCCAUCAGUCGGAUCCACCGCAAAGCGACCAAAUGCCCCAAAGCAGAAAACGCAACAAGUCUUCAAAUCUGAUAUGACCCCCGAGGAGAUUGCCAGAGCUCGGAUCAAAUAUGAAGAGGCGCUACCCUGGCACCUUGAAGAUUUCGACAACCGCAAUACCUGGGUUGGUAAUUAUGAAGCGGCUCUAUCGGAGACUCACGCGGUAUUUAUCCUCGAUAAUGGCAAGAUGCGCAUGAUUCCCGCGGAAAAGUGGUACAAGUUUAGCGCCAAGAGUCAUUUCAAGGCCCUGACCAUCGAGGAAGCAGAAAAGUUCAUGGCGAAGCGGGUGAAAGACCCGCGCUGGUUCAUGGAAAAACAACAAGAGGAUGCACAGCAGAAGGAGUUGGAAAAGUAUGCUAAAUCACGGAAAGUUUUCGCCGGGAAGCAAGGCGUUCUAGCCGGACGAGAGGGCUUAGAAGCUACUGAGAUGGACUUUGAGGAAGACCGAUUUGCAGACGAUGAGGAACAUGACGACCUUUUCAACGAGCAGGAUGAAGACACCAAGGAUGCUGAAAAAAGAAUCAAAGAUGAUCAACUCAAGGCGAAUGUCUUCGACCUCAAGGAAGAAAAAGACUACGAGGAAGAAGAAAAGAGGGAAAAGUUUGAGCGCGAGGCCCGUCACAAACUUGGAAAGAAGAUGCGCAAAGCUCUGAAGAAAAGAGAAAGAAACUUUGAUUAUAGCAGUGGUUCAGACGCUAACCCAUACACUGAUGAGGAGAGUUCUGAUGAUAGUGAGACCGAACGGUUGAAGGAAGAGGAACGGAAAGCUGAAGAGGAAAAGAAACAGAAAGAAUCGGCUUCCUCGUCGACCAAAGGCGCCACUACGCCGUCCGGCCGUCCCAAGCAUACCGAUCCUCUUAAGAAAGCUACCGCAUCUCGCAAGCGACUGGGCUCGCCCGGUGGCUCAGAUGCCAGUGGCACUGACACUUCCCGGAAAAAGGUAAAGAAUAAACACUCAUCCACCCACCAGACACCACAGCCUACUUCGAGGCCUAUAUCGCCAUCUGGUGUGCAAGCUGGCAAGAAAAGAGUUCGCAAUAUCCCAAUGGGGGCCUCCGGGUCUGGCAGCGACGUUGAUGCUGUGGGAUCUGGAGCUGAGAUGAGUGAGAAUGGCAAAUCCAAGAAGUUGAAGCUGAAUCCGCCUUCUGGUGGUUCUCGAGGCGGUACGCCGCAAGGAUCCCGGGCAGCUAGCCCUGUUGCGGGCAACCAAAGCUUCUCUGGAAGCCGUGCAAGCAGUCCUGACGGAGCUCGAGGCCAAGGACGCGUGUCGACACCAGGACCAAUUGGAAACAUAUCCUUCCCAACGCCCGCAGAGAUUCAUGCCGCUAUUCCGGCGACUGGCAUUACCACCGUUGAACUUCUGAGGAUUUUCCGUCCUCGUAUUGGCGAAUCUAAGGAUAUCCACCGUCGUUUCAUCGCCAUCGUGAAAGAUGUCAGUGUCUACGGCAAAGAAGACCGAUUGCUUCGGCCUGGUCCUUGGAAGGGGACGUAA